AUGGGUGACAACACCGAAAAGAAGUCAAUCGACACAGGCAUGCCUUCAAAGCCAAAAUGGGAAAACCCCAACCACCCGCUCUACCUUCAUCAUGCAGACCAACCCAGCAUAAUCCUUGUCCCGCAGCCUUUGGUAGAAGAUAACUACAGCACAUGGGUUCAGUCCAUGAGCAUGGCCUUACUAGUCAAGAACAAGAUUGACUUCGUUGAUGGGUCAAUAAAAGAACCAAGUGGGGAUAAACCUGAUGAAUUGCAGCAAUGGAAGCGCUGCAACAAUUUAGUCAAGACAUGGCUAUUGGGGUUGAUGUCAAAGGAAAUUGUUAGUAGCGUCAUUCACUGCAAAGACGCGAGCCAAAUGUGGCUUGAUCUCCAAGAGCUAUUUUCACAUGUGAAUACCAUUCAGCUUUUCCAUAUCGAGAAUGAAAUCCAUGAUUGCGUACAAGGCAGCAUGACUGUGAGUUCCUAUUUUACUAAACUUAAGAGCCUUUGGGAUGAACAAGAUGCGUUGUAA